AUGUCGUCGGCGAGCGCGCAACCCCCUUCCGUCUGCGCCGCGGAGCUCGCGCAGCGCAGGCUGAUGGAGUGCGAGUGUCUCGCCGCCAUGUACGGACCGAUGGCUGGCGACGCCGGGGACAGAUCGUCGUUCGAGGUGGUGAAUCCGGACGUCGAGCGCGAGCUACGCGCGGCGGUGGACGCGUGGGAGGCGUCCGGGGACUCCGUCGCGGCGGCGCUCUCCGUACGCGCCGUCUCGGCGCCUCUCCGAGUGUCGCUCACCCUCUCGGUCCCGUCGGCGAGCGGCGGAGACGAGCCCGCCGAGCCCGGCGGGUCCGGUCCCGAUCCCUGCCCCGAGCGAGGCACCGUCACGCUCGUGGCGUCGUUGCCGACCAACUACCCCGCCGCGGAGGCCCCCGCGCUGGAGCUCUCCGCGACGCACCUGUCCCGCGACGCCAUCACGCGCGUCCUGCGCGAGCUGCAGUCGCUCGCGUCCGAGCGAACCGUGAGGGCAGCCCCGGACGGCUUCGAGUGCCUCUCCGAGCUGGCGCAGGCGGUAUCGGAUCUAUCGGCGGUUGAAGCGGCGGCGGAUGACGAGGCGCGGCGGCGAGCGGCGGAAUCGAACCCAGGACCCAACGGCGACGAGGGACACGCGCACGCGGUGGUGCGCAUAGACCACAUGAACGACAGCAAGGGGUACACGAAGACGCUGCGUCGGUGGUCGCGGGAGCUGGGCGUCGACGCUCGAGUCUUCUACGAGUUGCCCAAAUCAUCCGGAGAGGUUCCGAAGGGUUCGGAAGUAGGUCGCGAGGGUCCGCCGUCCGGGGGUCGGGUCGAGGGGGUGUACGUGGUGCUCGGCGGCGCUGGCGACGACGUGCGGUCGUUCCUGACGAGGCUGCGCACGGAGUUUGUCGACGUGGACGCGAAAGGCGCUCGUUGCAAAGAGCGAAAAUCGACGGUGAUGUGUUUGCGUCAAGCCGGGGUGGUCAAGCCCGGGGAGGAGCGCGUGCCCGAGUUCGACGGGUUCGAGUGCGAGGGGUACGUCGGCGCGGAUGGGCUGGAAGAUGCGCUGGCGCGAUUUAAUCUGUUGCACGUCGGGGCGGGGGCGCAGAGGUUCCAGCCCGCCGGUUAA